AUGGCCCGGAGCAAGCGGAGUCGCUGUUGCCUCCUUCUUUUGCUGCUUCCACUCCUCGGUUUGACUUUCAGUACGCCCCGGCCCAAAGAGCGAAGCUUUGGGCAGCAACUGCUGGAUAUGGCCCUCGAAUCCCCGCUUUACAAGAUGCUGCUAGUGCCGCAGGCCCGGAGGACCAUGGUGGACACCGCAGAGGCCAACGGGAUUGGAUGGAGCUCUUCUUUGGAGUACAUCCGCGGUCAAGGACCUUGGGAUGACGCGGUCUUGCAAGAGCUAGAAGCCGGCUCGCCGGCGAAGCCUCCGUCGUACUACAAAAAGCCUUUCCAUGCCUACGACACGGGCAACCUGAACUGGGAGGCUGCGUUUGAGCAGGAACUUGCGAGCAGGGCAGUAGGUGCGAGAAACUUCCCGGCAUUUGGGAAGGACGGCGAAGAUGCUUUUCGAGCCGCCUUUGACAACGCCUUGGCCUCGCUUGGGGCAGCUGUUCCUGACGGUGGUGUCAUUGUGGAUAUGGGAUGUGGCACAGGGAUCAGCACAAGGCGGUUGGCAGCGCGUUUUCCGAAUGCAUCUCGGCUGAUCGGCUUGGACCUGUCGCCGUACUUUGUUGCUGUAGGCCGACGCCUGAUGGAGCUGGAGCCUGAAGCCGGAAAUUGGGUCACCGACGUAGUUGCUGACAAGCGAGUCGAACUGCGGGUUGCUGAUGCAGAGAGCACGGGCCUGCCAGACGAGUGUGCAACAACCGUAAACCUCUGCCUAGUGAUCCACGAGCUGCCUCCGGACAUCACGAGACGGGUCUGCGCGGAAGCCUUGCGACUUCUGAAGCCGGGAGGCCAGCUCUGGAUCACUGAAAUGGAUUUUUCCGCACCAGGCUACGUGCAGCUGCGUUCGAAUCCCUUGCUGUUUGCUCUUAUCCGCUCCACAGAGCCAUAUCUGGACGAGUACGCAGACUCAACUGAAGAGCUGUUUCGCCAUCUGGCAGAACUCGAGCCUGUGGAAUCUGUGCGUCUGACGGCCGCCACUGGCAGGCACUUUGCCGUGGUUGUCACGAAGGGCCGCGGAAAGGAAUCGCGGCUGGAUGACCGGCGUUGGGAUGAGUUUGGCAACUACGUCGUGGAAGACACGACGAAGAACCAAACAGCUCUGCGCCUCUACGGGCCAGGAGCUCACCGGGCGAUGGUGCGCAACCUGCGAGUGGAAGUCUACGGAGGCGAGCAAGGUGGGGCUGCUGUGGAGAUUGACGCUUUGGAGGGCGAGGCUGCCGUCGUAGGCUGCUACCUGGCAGCUGAAGGCACUUGGGGUACAUGCGUAUGGGCUCGUGGCGGGUCUCCUCAGAUUGUGCGGAACUUUGUCGCACGCGCUCGCUGGGGCGUGGUUCUGAUUGGCACGGGCGGCCGUGUCGAAGACAACAGCAUCCGUGGUCUCGGCGAAGCGGGACUCGUGCUCGUCGGUGGCAGCACCUGGGUUCACAGGAAUCACAUCGCGGAUUGUGGAGGUCCAGCUGUCCUGGCGGCCAUGGACUGUAAGGCAGUCUUGCAGGAAAACGACAUCCGGGAAUGCCUCUCCGGCGUGCGCAUCAUCGGAAAGCAGUCGGAAAUUCAGAUGCGACCGGGAAAUCGCCUCCUGCACAAUGGGCUCUGCGACGAGCACCAAGUUGAGGCGCCGCCCGGAGUGAUUCCCAGCGGUUCGACGGCCACGGUCCGCAGCUGCCGGCCCUACCCGUUUCUGCCCAAAGACACGCAGGAGCUUCUGAGGCGCAUGCGGACGUGCCGGGAGCAUGCGGAGCUCGCGAUCCUAAUGCGAUCCGCGCGCCGAAGAGGCCUGCUGGCGCAGGCUUACCGGGCCAACCGUCGGCUGACAAAGCUUCGUAAGGGGGCGCACAAGGCGCCUCCGCCCAGGGCUUCGCCCGCAAAGAGGGAGGUGUUGGUAGUCGCCAAGGCUUGGGACGGUCCUGGCACGGGCUUCGGUCAGCAGUCCAUCUCAGUGGAGCUGGGCGAGCUUUGCGAGGUCCUUCGCCGCGAUGCGAGCGGAUGGAUUCUGGUGUCGACGUCAAGACAAGCUCGUGGUUGGUGCAGCCCUCAUGCCUUUGGUUAG